AAAUUCCCAGCACAAUUGUUUUCCGUAUAAAUAGGCCAGUGAUCAAUGCAAUUCUAUGUCAAAUCGUUGCAAACCAUCGACACAAAAACAACAAAAUGUUCAAGCUUUGCGUAUUCGUUGCUCUUCUUAGCCUGGUGGCUGCUGCUCCUGCCCCAGCUCCUGUGCCUGCCCCAGCACCCGGUCUCAUUGGUCCUGCUGUGAUCGCCAGCCCCUGGGGCGCUCCCCUCGUUGCCGGCCCCAUCCUGGCUGGACCUCGCAUUGUGAGCGUUGUGCCUGCCCCCGUUUCGCAUGUUGCCAUCAGCCAAGUGCAUCCAGCUCCAGUUGUUGUGAAGCAUCUGUGGUAAUCUACUGCGGCCAUCUGAAGAUUACAGACUCACCUACGCAUACACGCAACAUAUACACGCUGAAACUCGUCCACACACACACACAUAUUCUUUUGCCUUUUUCUGCUUCAAAUUUUCGGGUGCCCUGUUUAUGGAACAAGACCAACAAAAUCCACAAAAAAAAAUGUUUAGAUUCUACAAUAUUUGUAUGCAAUAAAAUACCCUAAAUGAAUAAUUCCUAAA